AUGAGGGGAUUCGGCGGGGGCCGACAUGACGGCGCUGCUGGCGGCGGCGGCUCCGCUUCAGGGAGGUGGGCGGAGGGAAGGGAAGGCGGGGCCGGAGAGGCGAAAGGAAGAGGAAGGAACGCGCCUGGCGUCACCGAGGGAGUCGCCCGGGACCGCGGCCGGGUGUCGGCACUCCACCGGGGAGACCCGCUCUGCGGACGCAGGUGCCGGGCCCCUGGCCCGCCUCGUCGGGCCGUGCUGCGCGCCCCAAACCCUGAGUGCGGGGCUCCCGACUCGGGUGGCUCCCCGCACCGAGGCCUUGGGCCGCCGACGCAACGCCCCCUGCAGGUCGAAGCCCGGCAAGCUCAGGCUCGAGGCGGGGUCCGGGGCCGCGGCCUCCCCGCCAGCCUGGCGACUAAACUGCUCCGGCACCGGCGGAGCCCCGGUCACUUUGAGAGGGAAGGGAUGGGCCCCGAGAGAGACAGAGCAUGAACGGGGGAGGGGCAGAGAGAGAGG